AUGUUAGGUUGCAAACCUGCAACUACACCGAUCGACCAGAAGUUUAAGCUGGGUACUGAAGCUGGAGAACCAGUUGAUCGUGACAGAUACCAAAGGCUGGGUCAUAUGGACGCAGUGUACCAGAUACUAAGGUAUUUGAAGAAUGCCCCCGGAAAAGGGCUAAUCUUCAGGAAGAAUGAACACAUGAGCAUCGAGGGUUAUUGCGACUCUGAUUGGGCUAGCUGUGCUGAUGACAGGAGAUCCACCUCAGGAUAUUGUAUCUUUGUAGGAGGCAACUUGGUCUCGUGGAAAAGCAAGAAGCAAUCGGUGGUAGCGAGAUCAACAGCUGAAGCAGAGUAUAGGGCCAUGGCCUUAGGAGUUACAGAGUUGUUGUGGUUGAAGAGAAAUGAGAAAAAACACUUUAAAGAGUUGAAAGCCCUACACAUUCAACUUGAAGGAAAUAGGAGAUGCGCGUGA